AUGGAAGAAGCAUUUCCAAAUCCUCUCGAACGAACAGUUGCCGCUGCUCUUCUCCUCCUCUCCACCUCUGCUCCAUCGCUCUCUACUCCGACAUCUAAGAACAACUAUUCGUUUCCUAGCUACUUGCGAUUUGAGCUAAGCAGUCCGAGAUCAUGUUCUUCAUCGGUUAUCAGUGACGAAUGCUUCUCCUCUGCUGAGAUUCAGAAACAUCCUCUUCAUGGAGCCAACUUUAAGGUAGUGAAAAGAUCUCGAUCUAAGACACAUAGCGAGAAAACAAUCUUCCUCGGUUCAGAUUCCGCCAUUUCUGUUCAAUCAAUCUCUAAAUCAAUGACAGAGGUUUCAUCAUGCUUGUCAAGCAGUUCGAGCGGCGACAUUCGUGGUGAUUCGAAGAAGACGAAACAAACAGCUAAUUCGUCUCUUAUGCGUCAAAGAGCUGAAUCCAUUAUGCGUCUAAUCAGUCUAUCUGCUACUUCUGAAGUAAGGAUACGACAACUUCUUGGUGAUAGUCCUGAUACUAGUAAAGCUUUGAGAAUGUUAUUGAAGCUAGAUAAGAUAAGUAGGUCAGGAGCUGGAGGUCGUGGUGAUCCAUAUAUCUAUACUAUAUGA